AUGUUUUUGGAGAUUCCUCGAUGGUUAUUUGCUUUAAUUAUAUUAUAUCUUUCCAUACCGUUAGUUGUUUAUUAUGUUAUACCUUACUUGUUUUAUGGUAACAAGUCCACCAAAAAGAGAAUCAUCAUAUUUGUACUUGGUGAUAUAGGUCAUUCUCCAAGAAUAUGCUAUCACGCGAUAAGUUUCAGUAGGUUAGGUUGGCAAGUCGAGUUAUGUGGUUAUGUGGAGGACACUCUUCCUAAAAAUAUUUCCAGUGAUCUGAAUAUUACUGUGCAUCAUAUGUCAACCUUGGAAAGAAAGGGGGGUGGGACAUCAGUUAUAUUUAUGGUUAAGAAGGUGCUCUUCCAAGUUCUAUGUAUUUUCAAAUUACUUUGGGAAUUGAGAGGAAGUGAUUACAUACUAGUUCAGAAUCCUCCGAGCAUACCCAUCCUUCCUAUCGCUGUACUAUACAAGUUCACCGGCUGUAAACUGAUUAUUGAUUGGCACAAUUUAGCAUAUUCAAUAUUGCAAUUAAAGCUUAAAGGAAAUUUUUACCAUCCUUUAGUGCUGAUAUCCUACAUUAUAGAGAUGAUAUUCAGCAAAUUUGCCGAUUAUAACUUAACUGUUACUGAAGCGAUGAGAAAGUACCUGAUCCAAAGCUUUCGCUUAAAUUCAACGAAGUGUGCUGUUCUGUAUGACCGUCCGGCUUCCCAAUUUCAACCUUUGGGAAAUGACAUUUCUCGUCAAAAAGCCUUAACUACUAAAGCCUUUAUAAAAUAUUAUAUUCGCGAUGAUUUUGAUACAGAAAAAGGUGAUAAAAUUAUUGUGACUUCGACAUCAUUUACCCCUGAUGAAGAUAUUGGCAUUUUAUUAGGUGCCCUAAAAAUUUACGAGAACUCAUAUGUCAAAUUUGAUUCAAGUUUGCCUAGGAUCUUGUGUUUUAUAACAGGUAAGGGACCGCUAAAAGAGAAAUAUAUGAAGCAAGUGAAAGAGUAUGACUGGAAGCGCUGCCAAAUCGAAUUUGUGUGGUUAUCUGCGGAAGACUACCCCAAAUUGUUACAAUUAUGCGAUUAUGGAGUUUCCUUGCAUACUUCAAGUUCAGGAUUAGAUCUACCGAUGAAAAUCCUAGAUAUGUUCGGUUCAGGUCUUCCUGUGAUUGCAAUGAACUAUCCGGUACUUGAUGAAUUAGUACAACACAAUGUGAAUGGGCUAAAAUUUGUUGAUAGAAGGGAGCUCCAUGAAUCUCUGAUCUUUGCUAUGAAGGAUGCUCAUUUGUACAAAAAUUUGAAGAAAAAUGUAACACAAGAAGCCGAGAACAGAUGGCAGUCGAAUUGGGAAAGAACAAUGAGAGAUUUGAAGCUAAUUCAUUGA